AUGAGCACCUUGUAUGUAGAAGGCGAGGCAUCGGAGAGUCCGAAAGGCGAUGACGAAAUUUCGCCGAUCGAGGAGGUUCGGAUGGUAGUUUCGAACGAAGACAAUCCGAACGAGCCGGUGUGGACGUUCCGCAUGUGGCUACUGGGGAUCGUGGCGGUGGUGUUGCUCUCAUUCUUGAACACUUUCUUCGGAUACCGGAGCCAACCGCUGACAGUGACGAUGAUAUCGGUUCAGGUGGCGACGCUUCCAAUCGGACGCUUCUUGGCGAAGGUUCUACCGCGAAGGAAGAUUCGGAUUGGAAGGAGAGGCUUCUCGCUGAAUCCUGGUCCCUUCAAUACAAAGGAGCACGUGUUGAUUUCUAUAUUCGCGAACGCUGGUGCCGCAUUCGGUAGCGGUUCGGCUUAUGCAGUUGGCAUUGUGGAUAUAAUACGCGUUUUUUAUGGGAGGAAGAUUACGUUCUUGGCCAGCUGGCUCCUCGUCUUGACCACACAGGUGUUAGGGUAUGGAUGGGCGGGGAUAAUGAAGAAGUACGUGGUGGAGCCCGCAGAGAUGUGGUGGCCUGGUACUCUCGUCCAAGUCUCUCUCUUUAGGGCGCUGCAUGAAAAAGAACGGAAUCGCAUGUCAAAAGAGAAAUUCUUUAUAAUUGCAGUUACAUGCAGCUUCGCGUGGUACGUGGUGCCUGGCUACCUAUUUCCGACCCUGUCACUUAUUUCGUGGGUGUGCUGGAUAUUUCCACGUUCAGUUACUGCUCAUCAAGUUGGGUCCGGCAAGAAUGGACUUGGUUUGGGUUCCUUUUCUCUUGACUGGACCACCAUUGCUUCGUUCCUUGGAAAUCCCCUUGUUACUCCUUUCUUUGCAAUAGCAAAUGUGUUUGUGGGUUACAUCUUACUGAUUUACCUCAUCAUACCUACUGCAUACUGGGGAUUUAAUCUUUAUAGUGCGAGGAACUUUCCCAUAUAUUCUUCUAGUCUAUUUACUGUCAACGGUGACUAUUACAAUGUUACGGCUAUUGUUAAUCAAAAAUUUGAGAUAGAUAUGCAAGCAUAUGAGAAAGAAGGUCUAGUAAACUUAAGUGUGUUCUUUGUUAUUAGUUAUGGUCUUGGUUUUGCUGCCAUUGCCUCUUCCCUCACUCAUGUUGCCAUAUUUAACGGGAGAGAAAUAUAUGAACAAUUUCGAUCCUCGCGAUUUGGAAAAGAAGACAUUCAUACAAGAUUGAUGAAGAAGUAUAAGUCAAUCCCAAAUUGGUGGUUUCACGUAACGCUUUUGAUUUCUUUCAUACUUGCACUUGUACUGUGUACUGUUAUGAAAAAUCAGGUACAAAUGCCAUGGUGGGGUCUCGUCUUUGCGGCUGGACUUGCACUCACUUUUACUCUCCCCAUUAGCAUCAUAACAGCUACCACUAAUCAGAGUCCAGGUUUGAAUAUUAUUACUGAGUAUAUCAUGGGUGUGAUUUUACCGGGCGAACCAAUAGCAAAUGUUUGCUUCAAGACCUAUGGGUACAUAAGCAUGUCACAGGCGGUUUCCUUUCUCUCUGAUUUUAAACUAGGACAUUACAUGAAGAUUCCGCCACGGUCUAUGUUCAUAGUUCAGGUUAUAGGGACGCUGAUAGCUGGAACGGUUGACGUUGGUGUCGCGUGGUGGUUGCUAGGUUCAGUAAAAAAUAUAUGCAACCAAGAUUUACUGCCUGAAAAUAGUCCAUGGACUUGCCCGGGUGACCAUGUUUUCUUUGAUGCUUCUGUGAUUUGGGGUUUGGUUGGCCCAAGGAGAAUUUUCGGUACAUUAGGACAAUACCCAAAACUUAAUUGGUUCUUCUUAAUAGGAGCAGUGGGACCACUUGUUAUAUGGGCACUACAUAAAGUCUUUCCCAAACAACAUUGGAUAUCCUUAAUUCACCUUCCCGUGCUUCUUGGAGCAACUGCAAACAUGCCACCAGCUAGCACAGUAAACUUCAAUUCAUGGAUUAUCGUUGGCACAAUCUUUAACUAUUUUGUAUUCAAAUAUCGUAAGAAUUGGUGGAAGCGAUACAAUUAUGUGCUAGCAGCAGCUUUGGACGCUGGAUUGGCUUUCAUGACAGUUCUUCUAUACUUCGCUGUUACCAUGGAGGGGAAAAGCAUUGAAUGGUGGGGAACUGAUGAGCAUUGUCCCUUUGCCACCUGUCCCACAGCAAAAGGUGUAGUUGCUAAAGGAUGUCCUGUGUUUUGA